AGCAUCUUUCCCCCGCAAAUUCCAGCGCCUUGGAUCUCGGGCCUUUCAUAUGCAGAUAGCUGUCGUUCACCAGGAACACCGAUGUUUUUGCAAGGGUAAUUAUUUGCCAGGUGAAGGUCCCGAAUCCGUAGAUAGAUACGCGUGUCAUCAUAGCGCUUCAAGGUUCUAUGUAGCUUGGUCGGUUGGUGUCAUCCGUUGGCUGACGUAUAUAUGAUAUGGCGGUCGCCUCGUAUUACCAAAACAGAAUCCGAAAGAAGAUCACCGUCGAUGCUGUGUAACAACUCCGAACGCUAGCGGAGUUUACUUUUACUUUUUCUACUUCGUUUUUUUGGUAGGAUUGGGAAAAAGCCACAAUCUCAAAAUGGCGACAGCGACAAGAUCGAGGCUCCGGGAAUACUUCCACACCGAGUAUCAACCCGGUGAGCGGAAGCUGGUCCAGAAAAUCGAUUUCUUCAUCUUGACUUUCUGCUGUUUGAGCUAUUUCACCAAUUAUUUGGACCGGUCUAAUCUCAAUAAUGCCUACGUCUCGGGGAUGAAAGAAGACCUGGGGUUUGUGGGCAACCAGCUGAAUAUGAUCAACACCUGCUUCACCGUCGGCUAUGUCAUUGGCCAGAUACCCGCCAACCUGUCGCUGCAUUACAUCAAGCCACGAUAUUUCUUCCCGGCUUGUAUGGUGAUAUGGGCGGGCUUGACGAUGGUGACGGCUUCCGUGCACAAACCCCAGAGUAUCAUGGCUAUCCGCUUCUUUCAGGGUAUAGUUGAAGCUACGACUUUCGUCGGCACGCAUUAUAUCCUGGGCUCCUGGUACACCGAGCGUGAGCUAGGCAAGCGUUCCGGCAUAUUCACCGCGUCAGGAUUGGCGGGUACGAUGAUCGGAGGCUUCAUCCAGACAGGCAUUCACACCAGCUUGGACGGCCGGAACGGUCUCAGCGGUUGGCGUUGGCUAUUCAUUAUAGAUGGUAUUAUCACGUUACCGAUUGCGGUAUACGGAUUCAUUUUCUUCCCGGAUACGCCAUCGACGACGAGCGCUUUCUAUCUCACCGAAUCUGAGAGGACAUUGGCUAUAUCUCGGGUACCCCCCGUGGAAGAUAAAUCGCCCGUAUCUUGGAAAUUUUUCAAGAGGUGCUUCACCUCUUGGUUCUUCUGGGGAUUUGUGGUCCUAUGGAUCAUUGCUGGUGAGACUGAGUCCUUCAGUACAAACGCCCUCUUGGCCUUGUACAUGAAGAGCCACCCAACAAUCAAAUAUUCGGUCUCUCAGCUAAAUAAUUAUCCCACCGGUAUACCCGCUGUGGGAAUAAUAUCGACUCUUUUCUGGGCUACGCUUACGGACUUCCUCAACGGCAAACGGUAUCUCGUCGGUUACUUCAUUGCUGUCACCGGUAUCGCUACUUCUGCUAUGAUCCUAGCCGCUUCUAAGGACCCGACGAAUUCAAUGUCGACCUCGGUGGUGUUCGCUGCUUAUUAUUGGGCAGGCGCUGUUUACGCUUGCCAAGCUACCUUCUUCGCAUGGGCUAAUGAUACUCUCCGGUACGAAGAACACAUGUUUCGAGCCGUCGUGCUUGCCGGCAUGAAUUUGGGAAGUAACGCCGUGAAUGCUUGGUGGAGUAUUAUCUUCUACGGGGCAUCUAUGGCACCAUGGUUCAAUAAGGGUAUGUGGGCCAUGAUCGCCGUGUCUAUACUGUUGAUGCUUUGGACGGUAGCGCUAUCAUAUACAACUGCCAAGCACGAGAAGAUGCGAAAAGCAGAGCUCGAGCAAUCCUAUGGUGCCAGCGACCGAAAGAGCGUCACUGAUUAUUCAUGAUACCUAUCGCCAGGUCGAUCUGGAGGG